UUCAUCUGUAUAUGUGCGUGAUAUCAACACUACUGACUAGUAGUGGAGUGGAGGCGAGUGGAGCUUCCUUUUCGAUCAGAGGCUGCGAGUCACGACACCAACACGACGACGACUGCUGUUAAACUCUGCAACCAAAAAUAGCACGACGCUUCUCAAAUCCCUGUCAGCGUGGAGGUCCUGGACGCAAUCUGACACUAAACUUUCCAGCAGUUCACUCGCUACCUUAGCCUGGGUGAUGAGGACCUUGUAUACAGUGGAAGUGUGAAGACGCGAACCUUCAUACCAGAACAAGCCCGGGCUGUCACUGUUGCAUGCGUGUUGAGUAAGCAACUGUGGUUACUGUAUCUCGCCCACAACUGCAACACUGGUCGAAGGACGUGACCGAUAUAUCCUCCGUCAUGAACUACAUCAUUCAGAAGAGACUGGAAGAGAUGCCUGGUGUAGCACCCUGGGAACAGCGGCUGUGUUUCUUAGUGUUGCUGCUGCUGGUGAUGAGGCUACAGGCUGACUGCUGGCGCGCCCUCUGUCGCCUCGACCAACGAGCAGGAGUGAUGACCCGGCUGAGUGAGGACACCUUCAGCACCAACGCCCUUAUCAUGGUGACCGUCUACCUGGUGAUGUGGCUGCCCAUGCUGGUGCUGCGGACCGUCGAUGUCGAAGACCACCCUCACUACUCCAUUUACAGUGGUGUGGUGAGCUACCACUGCUACUUCCAGCAGAGGACGACCAGCGCCUUCCUCACCGCUCUGGUUGUCUCCCGGGUCGGCUCCCUCCACACCACCGUGGUGCUGGGAGCCAGCUGGACGGGCAUGAUGGUGUGCGGCCUGCUGGCGCCGCUGGUGAUGAACGAGGUGGUGUGGCAGGCGUGCGCCUCCAAAUCUUGGAGUCUGCAAGCGAAUGUUUACAUUGAAAAUCGUGGCAAUUACACCUUGCUCCACGAUACUCCUGGUGUGAUAUGCAAAACGGAGAUUAACGAGAAUUGGCUGCACCUGGCUGUGGGUGAGUGGAUGCUGACAACAGUGCUAGCAGCGAUCAUGUACUGGGCCUCCAGCACCCUGGCCUCCAGCACCCAGCCUCAAACGUACACCGAGAAGGAACUUUACAACCAUCUAACAUCAGCGGAGAGAGCAGUUCACAAAGGUGUAGUCUUCCUGCGAUGGCUGGUGAGCUGUUUUAUCUUGGUGUGGUCACUGGUGCUCCGCCCUGCUCUCUCUCUCUACCUCUACGUCUCCUACUACAAGGAAUGGACGUUCAUCCAGGACGUCCCCACACACGUCAUAUUCUUGCUCUUCGCCGUCCUCAUACCCAUGGAGGUAGCAGCACUCUCUCCUGAACACCAAGACGAACUCCAGGAGGAACAACCCGUCAAACAUCAUAUGAUGGAAAAAUGGAAAACCGGGAUCAUCGAAAACGACUCUGAUCCAAUUUGGAAAUCGGACGAUCUUCUUUCUAACCAGUGUUAUGAUGAGGAUGUAGAACCCCUAUGGGAGACACCAGGAACAUUACCGGAGACAGGACUGUUGGAUGGCCAGCACCAGACAGGAGGCAGGACAGGGGGUGAGGGUCUAGAAGUGACCAAGACUGAGCAGGGUGCGGCGGUCAUUAGGAAGGAUGCUCAUGGAGUUGUGUAAUGUAUUGGAGUAAUAUUGUAUAUCCAGUAUAUAAUAUUGUAUACGAGUAAUCUUGCUAUAAGCUUUUGUGCAAAGGUGCACACUGGAGGGGGUGUUUCAGGGUUAAUUACAGAAAUAUACACAUUUUAUUUAAGGUUAAGCUAGACAAGCCAUGUGUUCCAGGGUCACAACACACAGUGUUUGACCCAGGGUUACACUUCUGCGACUAAGGUUGCAGUGAAACUUCGCACAAAAGGGGGGGGUGGUUGUGGCUACCAUUCCUCUUGCGCUCUUUACGACUAAUAAAAAAAAAACUGAACAAGGCAUUGUUACUUAAUAAUUCCACCCUAGUUCU